UUCUCUUUUCCAGCAUAUACCGAGAACAAUGCUUCGCCCGCGACCUAAUCAGCUAUGACAAUUUCUUAUACGCUUGACGUCUCCCAGACGAAUCUUAAAAGUUUUAUAAAGCUUUUAUUUCGAUGGAGAGGUAGUGUAUGGAAGGCUGUAUGUGGGCAACUGUUCAUAUGGACAGCCGCUUUUCUACUGAUAAGCUGUGUCUAUCGUUAUGUGCUCAAACCGGAUCAACAAAACUGGUUUGAACACCUCGUAAAAUAUCUGGAUUCGAAGCUAGACUCGAACAUCCCGCUGACGUUUAUGCUUGGUUUCUUCGUCUCUUUCGUUGUUGGGCGAUGGGGGUCGAUACUGAACGGAAUUGGAUGGAUCGAUGACGCAUCUAUUCUAUUCGCUUCGUAUAUCCGUGGUGGUGGCGAAUCGACGAGAAUAUUACGGAGAAACCUGGUUAGGUACAUGGUGCUUUGUCAAGCGUUAGUGCUUCGAGAUAUUUCUAUGCAAGUACGAAAGCGAUUUCCUACCAUGGACACCUUGGCGGCAUCAGGUUUGAUGACCGAGGAAGAAAUGGAAAUUCUUGAUGAGAUCAAGGAUCCAUAUAGCAGAUACUGGGCACCAAUUCAGUGGUGUGUGAAUUUGGUAUACGAAUGUAAAGCUGAUGGAAAAAUAGAGGACUAUUACCUCAUGAAUAAAAUUAUUGAUGAAAUCAGCAAAUUUCGUCAUGGCCUUGCUGCACUUCUCAAAUAUGACUGGGUACCAGUGCCGCUUGUAUAUCCACAAGUCAUUUUUCUUGCUGUUCGAUUUUAUUUCGUAAUAUGCUUAUUUGGUCGGCAAUUUAUUGUUACGGGAACUAAUCCAAGCGGGAUUGAUCUAUGGCUUCCAAUUACUACGAUGAUCCAGUUUAUAGUUUAUAUGGGUUGGAUGAAGGUCGCCGAAGCUCUUCUGAAUCCAUUAGGUGAAGACGAUGAUGACCUCGAAUGCAACUAUGUUAUUGAUAAGAACUUGAUUACAGGACUGGCUAUUGUGGAUACAAUGUGGAAACCAACAAAGACUGGCUACUCCAUGGUUGAGGAGAAUCUAGCAAGGAUACCACAACAAAAGAAAGACGAUUUCUGGGGUAUCGAUAAGAUUGCCCCGUUGUACAGUAUCGAAUCGGCCGAACGAACAGUACAUCCACUGGUUGGAAGUGCUAGUAAAAUCAACCUAGUGAAAAAUCGACACGAAAUAGUGAUGACACCACAUAAAAACAAGCUGAGCGAGCUUAGCGACGAGGAACAGAGAAGCUAUCUACGACGGGUUUGUGUGUCUGCACAUAAUGCACGACAUUUACGGCAACGUACACAAGAACGACGUAAUAGUCCCGAUACGUGUUUAUCAAAGGUUCGAUCUAGGUCAAAAUCGGAGUUGCAAUAUAUACAAUUCUAUGAAAAUGGCAAAUUUCGUACCGCAUCCUCAAAUGGGACAAGAAACGGCGAAGAUCCAUGGCAACGAUCUGCUGUGGAUAUUGAAAUGAAUCUCCCAAACACAACGUAUCACCCAAGUAAUCAAGUGCAUCCUCAUCCGCAAGUCUCUCCGGAUUCCGUAUCUGAUUCAGAUUCACGGACCACACGGCGGUUUUGAUCUACCACCUUGUUCAACGUCAGUAGAUAAGCGGCUAUCACUUCAUUUUUGCCAUUUUUUCUUCGCAAAAUAUUGUUUUUUUUUUCAAGAUUGCUGUUCUUUGUAGAUGAACAUAAGCUAACAUACAGCAUAAUAACUUCCUGUGGCCUUUACACGAGUACAAAACAUUUCACUAACAUUUCGUAGAAUUAUUGCAAAUUAUUGCAAAUUGGUGCAAAUUUUGAAGAGUAUUGGGUUGUCAGUGGG